AUGGGGAGUAGAGUUAUACUUUGUGCUGCGUGUGAGUACUGCUGUAAAUGGGCAUUGUGGCCUAGUGCAAAUGAAGAAAAAUACAUUCCAAAAGAUGUCCCAAAGGGUCACUUAGUGGUCUAUGUUGGAGAGAACUCCAAGAGGUUUGUGAUCAAAGUCACCAUUCUCAAUCACCCACUUUUCAAGGCAUUGUUGGACCAAGCACGGGAUGAAUAUGAUUUCACUAGUACUGACUCAAAACUCUGCAUCCCUUGCGACGAGAACCUUUUCAUCAAUGUUGUUCGCUGCGCUAGCUCUCCUGCUCAUGAUCGGAGGAUCCCUCUGUGUCUUUAA